AUGGCGGCGCUGCGGGGCCUGCGGGGCCUCCCGGGGCUGCGGCACCUCCCGAGCCCGCCCGGGCCCGGCCUCGCUCCCCGCGCGCUGCUGCUCCCGCGGGGCGGCCCGGCCGCCGGCCCCGGCCCGGUGUCGGUGUGGUCGUUCCCGGGCCGUUCCGGUUCCCGUUCCCGUUCCCGUUCCCGGCGGGCGCUGGCGGCUCUGGGGGUGCUGCUGGGGGGGGGGUCGCUGUCGCUGGCGCUGGGGGGGGGCCCCCUGAGCGCGGGGGAGCUGGAGCUGCACCCCCCCAGCUUCCCCUGGAGCCACGGCGGGGCCCUGGCGGCGCUGGACCACGCCAGUGUGCGCCGCGGGUUCCAGGUGUACCGCCAGGUGUGCUCCGCCUGUCACUCCAUGGAAUACGUGGCCUUCCGCAACCUCAUCGGCGUCACCCACACCGAGGCCGAGGCCAAGGCGCUGGCGGAGGAGGUGGAGGUGCAGGACGGUCCCGAUGACAACGGGGAGAUGUUCCUGCGGCCCGGCAAGAUCUCCGACUACUUCCCCAAGCCCUACCCCAACGCCGAGGCCGCGCGGGCGGCCAACAACGGAGCGCUGCCCCCCGACCUCAGCUACAUCGUCAACGCCCGGCACGGGGGGGAGGAUUACGUGUUCUCGCUGCUCACCGGGUACUGUGACCCCCCCGCGGGGGUGGCCCUGCGCGAGGGGCUCCAUUACAACCCCUACUUCCCGGGCCAGGCCAUCGGCAUGGCCCCCCCCAUCUACGACGAGGUGCUCGAGUACGACGACGGGACCCCGGCCACCAUGUCCCAGAUCGCCAAGGACGUUUGCACCUUCCUGCGCUGGGCGGCCGAGCCCGAGCACGACCACCGCAAACGGAUGGGCCUCAAGAUGCUGCUGCUCUCGGGGCUGCUGGUGCCCCUGCUCUAUUACCUGAAGCGGCACAAGUGGGCGGUGCUCAAGAGCAGGAAGAUGCUCUACCGGCCCCCCAAGUAGGGCCGGGACCCCCGGUACCGGCCCCCCAAGUAGGGGGGAGGGCAGGGGAGGGGCUGCGGGCCCCCCCAGCAGGGGCAUUGGGGGGUCCGAGCCCCCCCCUCGUGUUCGGCCUCGGCCCCCGGGGGGGCGGCGGGGCCGGGAAUAAAGUCUGGGGUUCCACAGGAAAA